AUGGUAAAUACAAAAUUUAUAAUAUUCCUUUGUUUAUUUCUUUUUUGUUUAACAAGAGUUAUAUUUUCAGUAUUAUUUGUAAUUUUCCCUAACGAUUGGAAAGUUGGUACUUGGCACUAUUUUUGGUUCUCUUAUGGAGUAUUUUUUGUAUUUUGUGGUAAGGUAUCAAUCUAA